GCCACACAGGGCAGUGCCAGACGCCUGCCUUCCAUGGCGCAGUCCAUCUUGCGGAGGCUGCCGUGAGCUCCCGCCAGGUACCUGAGGAUGGCGGGCGAUGGCGCUGGCGUCGCCCCGCCCCCCCCGGCGGCGCUCGACGGCCGCACCUGCCAGGACGCCCCCCGGGAGUUCGAGAUGCGCGAUCGCCGCGUGAGCUACGCGAGCUGCGCGAGCGAGACCACGGUCAUCGACGCAGACACGGGCCUGCCUGUGGAGCAGGUCACCCAGAACCUCAUGGACCAGAUGGACAGCAUGUCUUACGUCGUCGACGACUUUCGGGCAUGCACUAGUCGCCUGAGCGCCAUGUCCCAGUCCACGCCGUCGCGCCAGCUGGAGCGAGCGGCCACCGCGGCCACGCGCCUCUCCGUGGCCUCGGCCGAGCUGCGCACCCCGUCGGCGGCCGGGCGGGAGGCGAGCGGCGCGGAAGGCGCCCCUGCGGAGCAGGACCAGUACAAAGGGCUUGGCUUCUGGGUCUACCUCAUCUGCUGCCUGAUCAUCACGGCGAGCUUCUCCCUCACGGCGACCUGGCUGUGGUCCGACAUGGGAAAGGGCGACCUCACAUUGUCCUUCCUGGACGAGUACACGAAAUACAAGUGGGUGUUCAACGGGACCAUGGCGGCGGUGCCCCCCGGAGCAGGAGAGAGGAACGAGGCCGCGUGA